AUGAUUUUGGUUCACUUCCGACCGGUCGGCCUCUGCCGACAGCUAUCGUCGCCUUCAUGUCUGUCACCCAUCACUACACACAUCACUGUCCAUCACAUCCCACGCAGAUAUACGCAACACUUCACGAGGUGUGCGGAUCCGGCGAAGUGUCCGAAGGAGUGGACAACUAAUGUAUUAGCAGAAGUGGGACGCCUGGAGACCCCGAAGCUGGAGGGCAAGUACGAGACGGGACAGCUGUUCCUGCACCGGGUGUUCGGCUAUCGGGGCGUAACUCUGUUCCCAUGGAUGGCCAGAGUGUACGACCGCGACGUUAACCACAAGAACCAGAAUCGCGCCGGCUAUAACACAGUGGGCCGGGAGGUGAAGGGACACACGCAUACAUACUAUCAGGUUCUGAUCGACACCAGAGACUGUCCUUUUGUGCGGACACAGACAGAAGCGGUCACUUUUCUGGGCAAUCAGGAGAACAGCCGUUCCCUAUACGCCAUCCCUGGCCUGGACUACGUGGCCCACGAAGACAUACUGCCCUACACGUCGACGGAGAAGCAGCCCAUACAACACGAACUCUUCGACAAGUUUCUGAUGUUAGACCCGGAGAAAGACCCGCCGUAUAGCCCGAGAGAGACGCUGAGGGCCUGGCAGGAGAAGAACCAUCCGUGGCUCGAGUUGUCUGAUGUGCACAAAGAGACCACCGAUACGAUCCGCGUCACUGUCAUCCCCUUCUACAUGGGUUGCCGUAACUCACAGAAUACUAACGUCUAUUGGUGGCGAUAUUGUAUUCGUUUAGAGAAUUUGGGAGAUAUGACGGUUCAGCUCAGGGAAAGGCAUUGGAGAAUAUUCAGCCUCUCGGGUACGCUCGAGACGGUUAGGGGCAGAGGUGUUGUCGGACAGGAGCCGGUUCUCUCGAAAUCGUUUCCCGCCUUUCAAUACAGCAGUCACGUUAGCCUACAGGCGCCCAGUGGUCACAUGUGGGGUACUUUUAAGAUGGAGAAAGAGGACGGAAAUACGUUUGACUGUCGGAUCCCUCCCUUCACGCUGGAGAGUAAGCCCGACGCUAGCAGUCCGUCGCCUAACGCUAACACUUAGGGCUAAUCCAUAAUAAAGAGUUUAUGUAUUAAUUUAUAUUUAAAUAUAUAAAUAUAGAGAACAAUUUUUAACAAAUAUUGUAAAUUUUAAGUCAUUUAUUAAAUUCUUUAAUUGUUAAUAUUUUUAAAA